AUGCAUAAUUUUCGAAAGCAGCCGUCGACGGACACAACAGAGAAUGGAACAGAAAAGAACGAUUAUCCACGUGCAACAAACGGUGUCGUGUUUGGAGCUAUUAUUACAUUUGUGGCUUAUUUCUUUAUGAUGAUGUCUUUCUGUUCUCCCUAUUGGAUUGAGUCUUAUGAGGAAACCCGUAGCAGCUUUAAAAACAUGGGACUAUGGCAAUAUUGCUUUAAGGAUUUUGUUUACCCCAAUUAUCAGUUUCAGCGCAAAUUUACAGGAUGUCAUAAUGUUUUCAGUCAUGAGUAUUAUGUUAUACGAGAAUGGCUUUUGCCGGGUUGGUUGAUGUCUGUUCAGGCCUUUGUUACUUUAUCAUUUAUACUGAUUUUUAUUGUUUUGGUCAUUUUGGCCUUAACUAUUAUUCGAUUGCCAUUAAAAGCAGUAUUGCAAUAUGAAUGGUUGCUCGUUCGAAUUUCAUACUUGUGCACUGCGAUUUCUUCUCUGUUUAUGUUUUUGGCUGUAUGUAUAUUCGGAGGCUGUGCCUAUCGACGCGAUUGGUUAAUGUAUCCUAAAUUUAACGUUUUGGGAUGGUCCUAUGCUUUAGCCGUUGUAACUUUUAUUUUAUUGGGAUUAGCUGCCUUAAUACUACAUCGUGAGUCUCGUGAGGCAUAUGAGAUGCGAGGUGAACAGAAGAAUUUGGUCAUGCAAAUGGAAAUGCAAGAACCGGGCUAUCAACCACCCAGACACCAUCAGAGUCAGUCAAGAAGUUUACAUGGUUACAUAUAAAGUUUUCUUAUUGAAGUUUAAACACGAGAAACAUUCCAUUAUUUUACACUUUUAUAUAAAAAUAUUUAAUUUUAAAAAGAAAUUCGAAUCCCUCGGAUGUCUUUAAUACCGUCCAUUUACUUUAAAACAUUAAUAUUUUUGUUAAAAUAUUUGCUCAUUUAAUACUUUUUUCAUUUUAAAUUUGACUCAAAAAGUGCCUUAGAAUGGUAGUUAAUAUUUAAGUACAUAUACAUAUUUUUAUUAAUACUUUAAUUUGUUCAAGUACAUAUCGUUGUAUUGUAAUUCAUUCUUAAUAUUAAUCGAAGAUUUGCCGUCCAAUUACACAGGUCCCUCUCGAAUAUUUUUAUACAUUUUUAUUAUUAUAAAAUUAUAAACAAAAUAUAAAUACAAUUUUU